AUGACCACGACAACACGUAGGAUCCCAUGCGUGACGUUGCUAGAUGGAGGUACAGGUGAAGAGUUAUUCGCUCGCGGGUUGCCUGACGAUCGCUUUAUUUGGUCUGCGACGGCGCUGGUGCACGAGCAGCAUCAUAAACUGUUGCGAGAGGUGCACACGUCGUUCCUGGACGCCAACGCGGACUACAUCACGUGCAACAACUACGGUGUGACGCCUGGUGUGGGCUUCAGAGACGAGGAGAUUGUACGCUACACUGCCGUAGCAGGUCGAGUGGCUCGUGACGCCUGCGAUCGAUGGACGAAAACCUACCCGACGAGUCCAAAACCGAAGAUCUGCGGGUCUCUGCCUCCGUUAUUAGAGAGUUACCGAGCCGACAAGGUACCAGAACAUGAAGAAGGAGUGAGACUGUAUGCAAUGAUUGCACGGACACUAAAGCCGUUCGUGGACUGCUACUUGGCUGAGACGCUGUCAUCUACUCAAGAAGCCAAGAUGGCGUUGCUCGGAGUGCAACAGGCCAAGGAGAACGUGUGUAAGGUAGUAGAGAAUGUACUAAGCUUUACUGCAGGCACGUCAAGGACGGAGUUGCAGGCUAUUCUCUUUAAUUGUUCACAGCCCGAGGACAUCUGCAAGGCUCUUAAGGAGCUCCACGAUGAUGACAAUACACAAGCAAGUCUACGUAGUCGUGGGGUGCGUUUGGGCGCGUAUGCUAAUCGCCUUACGGUCAUUCCGGAUGAUUGGGCGCUCGCGGAGUCAAGUGAGCCACAGGCCAUGCGCAAAGAUCUCGCUGUGGAACGAUACAGAGAUUUCGUCUCGCAGUGGGUAGAGCUGGGAGCUGACGUUGUAGGCGGGUGCUGUGGAAUAGGACCCGAGUACAUUGCCAGCAUCCAUGAUAUGCUGCAACAACAAGGUCGACGCUAG